GGUCCUACAAAAUAUAUCUGAGUCAGUGUUCAUGGGACUGUGUGAUAAACUUGGAACUUCACAACUGGUGGUCAUGAGGAGAGAUGUGGUGGACAUCAGGGAUAUGGUGGAAAAUCAACGGAGAACAAGUGAUGAGGACAGUGUGAUGUGGAGUGGAAGUCACAGAGAAGGAUUUAGGCUGAAAGAAUCAGAUAUAGACGUUAUGUACUGGCCAAAUAAUCACCGUGUUAUAUGGGAAUUACCUCAAUCUCAGUAUUACAACACACACAGGCAAACACUGAUCCUCUGUGACUGUUCUGAUAGUCCACCAGGAUUCUCUUUGUUAUAUUUACUGUCACCAAGCAUGAACAGAAGUGUCAAGAGAGCCUGUAUAAGAUUGAAUAACAUGCACUAUAUCUCCAGUUCAAAAUACAGAAAGAUUAUGUGUUCUGUAGUUUAUUCUGAUUCCAUUCAACAUGGACCCUGUGCCAGUGGAAUUUUUUCAGGUGAAAUAGAAUAUGAUUUAGCCCACUGUUUUGCUUGUGACUUUUGGCCUACGCCUGCUACUGCAUGGAUAGAAAGAUGCCACUCAUGGCCCAAGCCUCGUAUUGUUCAUGAUAUAGUUAAAAAUGGUUGUCACUUUGUACCAGUAGGGCAUAGACAAGGACACCAUGUUCACAAUGAAUGGAGACUGUCUUUCUCUCUUGCAGAACAUAAACUUGUGUGUGCUAUGAAUCACUGUCAAUUUAUAACUUAUGGCUUACUUAAAUUGUUCUUAACAGAAAUAAUUAACUAUGGAAUAAGUGCUGAUGAUAAAUUACUGUGUUCCUAUCACAUGAAGACAGCAGUUUUCUGGGUGAUUCAGCAGAAUACAUUAGAACACUGGUGUCCACAAACUCUCCUGGAGUGUUUCUGGGUCUGUUUUAAACUCAUCCUUAAGUGGGUGUAUGAGGGGGUCUGUCCUAACUUUUUUAUUCCCCAAAAUAACAUGUUUCUGAGUAAAGUCCAUGGUGAAGCACAGCAUCAGCUAUUUUUAAGACUGUAUAGAUUGUAUGCGAUGGGUAUAGUAUUCUUGCUACAGAGUCCCUCCAUUAGGUCUUAUAUUGUUAAUGUCCUCCAUUACCCCCACCUUUCCAUCUAUACAGAUGAACGUACUCUGAUUUCUGAGGCUGAGUUAGAUAUGGAGCUAUUGAAGGAGAUAUACAAACAUGACAUACUUUACACACCAAACUUAGAAACCUGUAUGAGAUGUCUACAUACAAUAGAACAGAUGUUAAAGUCACCCCUACUAACACAGUAUCAAGUCGUUAUGAUACAGAAAAUUACAGCUUAUCUCCUUCAGAAAUCACCUUUUAUGUUAUACAUGGAAACUUACAAAAAUAAAAACAAACUGAGAUAUAGAACUGACAAAAUGUCCUAUCACAUGCUGAAAUUAGCAACCAAGUUUGGUUGUAUUUCUGACAUGAUGUACUUAGCCAUGUAUUAUUACAAGACUCUUAGAUACAUGGAAGCUUUAUCAAUUAUAGAGAUGAUCAAGGUAAAGUUAGCAAAGCCAUAUGUGAUGAAUUGGAAUACUUAUGUAGAUUUAGUGAUGUACACCGAUGCUGUAGGGGGACAGUCCUGGUGUUCAAAGAUGAGACAGGCUGUAACAAUGUAUAUAUUACUUAGAAAUAAAAUCCAUUUUAUUAAUGAAUUGAUACUAGAACAAAUUUCUAGUCUACAGAACAACUGGACACAUUUACAUAUCCCACCAUUUGUACUGUUGUACAUGCUAGAGAUCUUAUGCUACAGACAUGUAGACACAAUUGGAGUACAAACCGCUCUAGAUAAUCUACAGACCCUAGUUCACUAUGAUCAGGGACAGCUUGUACCUUUAGAAAUAAGAGACAUAUCAUGGCAGAUUCUGGGGAUCUGUCAACAGGUGACAGGGAACCCCCAGGCUGCUCUAUACUCAUACCAACAAUCUCUCAGACAAAGACCGUCCAAUAGAAUUCAAACAGCUACAGAAAUUAGAAUACAAGAAGUUUAUCACAGAUCAUCAAAUUAUUGA